UGUGCUUGACUGAAGUACUUGCCAAAGAUCAUUUGUCUAACAACUGUGUCUCCUGGUGUCUGGUUUGGUGGAAGAUGGCAGCAGUGACCUUCUGGGCAGCAGUGUUGCUCACUUACGGAGUCUCUACAGGAAUUGCAAUGUCAGCUGGGCCCUCGGCUGGGGCCUCGGCUGGGGCAAACGACAUCCUUAGACUGGACAUGGCUCCACACUCUGUUGACGACAUGUACGAUGGCUGCAAAGAUGAGAUGUACCAGAAUCUCCAAGAAUUACUGGCAAAUGAGAAGAACACAAACGCCAAAUUCAAAGCAGCCUGGGAGAGCUCAGAGCAAUGGUACGACAAAAAAAUUAAGAAAUCAAAACCAGCCCUGGGGAAAGACCGUAUUGUAGCUAUUUACUAUUACACCUUUGGCAGAGACAAUGCGUAUCUUGAUUUCAAUAAUGCAGUUCGAACCCAGAAAAAUGAGUACACCACCACAUUUGGGUAUCACGCACUUCACUUUCUCCUGACCGACGCCAUUCAAACUCUCAGAGAACGCAGGCUCUCAAACCUCGCUCCGGGAGAGGACGAAUGUGUCACUGGCUACCGCCGUGUUGACAGAACCUUUAACCAAGUCGUCAACACGCAGCUUCGAUUCGGCUCUUUUACCUCAAGCUCAAUGGGUCAGUACAACACGAACGUAGAGAGAUUUGGAGACAAGACGUGCUUUGAGAUUUACACGUGCUUUGGAGCAGAUGUCUCCAUCUUUUCUAAAUUUGAGAUUGAACGCGAAGUGCUGAUUCCUCCUUACGAGGUCUUUAAAGUGGUAGGGGUGAAGAUGAGAUCUGACCAUAAGGAUCUUCCAUGUGAGGUGGAAUAUAAACUCAGGAGCACAGGCACAAGUAGGAAUCUGAAUUGUGAUCUUUUCAAGAAGAAACGUGUGCUGUACCCAGACAUUGCUGUCCCUCUGACAGGUGUUUGUGCUUGA